AAGACCUUUGCUCUUACUCAUAUAGCAUUUUUAUAAUGAUUUUUGGCUAUUUUCUAAAUCAGCCAGAAGCUGUGGCGUGUUCUUCUGACGUUUGUCAGUAUAUUGCCAGCCAGCGCCAAAACCGGAGAAAUUCAUUCGAAAAUCAGUCUCGGAGCAAAACAGUUGGUCUUCUUUGAUAACUGAGUUGGAAACAUAAAUCUCGUCUGAUUACAAGAUGAGUUUGAGCAAAUUCUCGCUGCUUUGUUUGGUGAUGUUUGCUCUCUUGGUUCUGCCGACCGAGCAAAAACCAUCCAAACAUCAGAAACGUGACCAGUCGAUUGACCGAAGAAAACCUACUAAGUCUCAAGAAAAGCUCGAGAGAAAAGCAGAGAAAACUCACAAAAACAAAAAAAAGAAAGGAGGAGAGCUUCCCUCGGGCGAUAGUUCGGACUCUUCAUCCUGGUACUCGGACUCUUCUAUGGACUCUUCCUGGUACUCGGACUCUUCCUGGUACUCGGACUCUUCCUGGUACUCGGGUUCUUCUAUGGAUUCUUCCUGGUACUCGGACUCUUCCUGGUACCCUUACUCUUCUUGGUACUCGGCUUCUUCCUGGUACUCGGACUCUUCUAUGGACUCUUCCUGGUACUCGGACUCUUCUAUGGACUCUUCCUGGUACUCGGACUCUUCUAUGGACUCUUCCUGGUACUCGGACUCUUCUAUGGACUCUUCCUGGUACUCGGACUCUUCUAUGGACUCUUCCUGGUACUCGGACUCUUCUAUGGACUCUUCCUGGUACUCGGACUCUUCCUGGUACUCGGACUCUUCCUGGUACUCGGACUCUUCCUGGUACUCGGACUCUUCCUGGUACUCGGACUCUUCUAUGGACUCUUCCUGGUUUUCGGACUCUUCCUGGUACUCGGACUCUUCUAUGGACUCUUCCUGGUACUCCGACUCUUCGAUGGACUCUUCCAAGAGCAGCUCAUCAUACUAUCCAUCGUCUGACUUGAUGGAAAUCUACGAAGCGAAGGAUGCAAUCGGAGAAAUGAUCAAAACUCUGGAGGAUAUAGCUGAGAUUUUCAAGAAAUACUUCAUGAUCACGAAGCCUAGCAUUCCCGAGUACUACCCAUCAACUAAUACCACUGAUCUUUUCUUGCAGUGCCACGAACAGUAUGGAGACGACGAUCAAAUAUGCUAUGAUUUGUACGCUUAACAGCCAUAACCUAGAAGAUGAACAAAAAUGGACUUCAAGAGGGUUUUCAAUGAAUAAAAAAUUGUUUCGCAAAGCUAUGUGUAUAUAAACUGGCGUUCUAAAUGAUCUUUCAUGACAUACUUUAUAAAUUUCUAUAGUCUCUGUAAAUAGCUCUGUCCAAUAAAU